AUUCACUCUCCUAUGAAAGACACAAUCCUCUCCUUCAUAUAUUCAUUUUCUUCCUCUCUCUCUUUCUCUCUCUCCACCUUGUUCCUUCUCUUCUCCGAUCGUUCAUCAUCUGAUCAUUGAUUUUGAUCGUUCAUCGCUACCCUCGUCUUCUUUCUCUGACUCUUGAGCUAUAUUGAUCUCUGAAACUCAGAAGUUGCAAGCUUUGUGUUUUGAUGAUAUCAAGAUGACAGAUUCUGAAAUGGAUAGACAGAGGCAAGGCUAUUUUCAUCCUGAACCGUGUAUCCUUUUGAGGGCCGGCGUUACCACCGUUGCACAGCCUAACAUCCGCCCAGUGUUGGCAGCUCCAGGGAACACAGCUAAUGUUGAUCCUCACUAUUUACCAGAUGUUUAUGACAAUGGUAGGGUGUAUGGGAUUGCCCAGUACAAUGGCGGUCAGCCUCCACAUAAUCUCGAUAUGGGUGUUGCAGCUCCGGCACACUUAUAUUAUUCUGGGAUGAAUCCUUCUUCUAGUGCUGGUGUAUUUCCUAUGCCUUUAAACCACAGAGCCGAUCAGUUGCCAGGUUCAAGCACAUUUGCAGUCCCUGGAGUGUCCUCGGAUAAUUUCGGAAGGAGCACUGGUGUCGUUGAUGAUGUCAGAGGUCCGUACAAAAGGAAAAGCGCUGAAGCAAUUCGGGGGAAUUACCAGUAUUUUAAUCCUUCGGCCGGUCCUUCAACUGCUCCCCCUAAUCCAAGACACACUGAUGGGGUUACUAUGAUGGAUACUGCAUCAUUUUCAUUCCCCAUUCCUUCACCUAUUAUGAUGCAUGACCAUAACCAUUUGAUUCACGGAAACUAUUUGGGGCAGCACUUUCAUCAAGCUGCUCCUCCCUGGUUGGACCAGCAGUUGAAUAGUAAUAACAAUGAUGGUCACACUACAGCCUGGAACCAGUCUCUUCCAGUACAUUAUAUGCAAGCAUCCAGUGUGAAUGGAAGUUCAUUAGAGAGUGCAAGCAUGGGUUUGCAGAGAUAUCAUGAUACAGCUGGCAACAGAAAUAGCAUCAGGUUUCCUCAUCCUCCUCCUGUCAAUCAACAGUUCCAUAGUUAUCAUCAUCCAGCACUGCCCAUGCCAGGAGUAAGAGGACACACUAUCAACUUUCACCCUCCGGUAACUGCAGCUGCAUUUAGAGUUCCAGCAAAUCCUUCACGCGGUGCUGCGAUCCCACCACAACCUGGUUUUGAAUUAGUUCCUAGGCAUGUUGGUCCAGCACCACCAGCAGGUUUCCGGAUUUACCGACCUCAAAGAGGAGUGAUGCAUGAAACAACUCUUGGACAUCGAACUCAUCCUCCUGUGGGCUUCCUCCAAGUUGAUGGUGUUGCUCUAAUUGAUGAAGUGGGAAAUUUGGUUGACCAUCAUAGAGAUAUGCGCUUGGACAUAGAGGACAUGUCUUAUGAGGAUCUUCUUGCAUUGGGAGAGCGGAUUGGUAAUGUCAGCACUGGUUUAUCAGAGGAAGCAAUUUCAAAUCAAUUGAAGACAAAAACUUAUCUGGCGCAUGCUACUUCUGUUAAUGAGGAGGAGGCAGCUUCUAAUGACCAGGAAACCGAUUCUUGUAUGAUAUGUCAGGAUGAGUUUAAGAACCAAGAGGAGAUUGGAAUUCUUCGAUGCGAGCAUGAGUAUCAUGCAGAAUGCUUGAGGAAAUGGUUGCUUGUGAAAAAUGUCUGCCCAAUCUGCAAAUCAGAAGCUUUGACUCCUGGAGGGGGGGAUGUGUAGAAAUGAGUGAAGUCAACAACAACAUCUCUUUCUGUUCCUGCAUGAACCCUUGUUGGAUAAUUUAUUUCUGAACAGAAUUCAUAUUUUGUUUUGUAAUUUGUAUAUGUACUUGCACAUAAAUAGACAGUCAUAUUGCCCAACUCCUUUAUUGUUGGCACCGGAACCUUGUAUCUAUCAACAAGCUGUACAGACUUUGUUCUGUUUGGUGUAUUAACUUCAGGUCAUUAUAUCGGUACUUUUAUUUUUUA